AUGACAGAAUCUCACGUUGCAGAGAAUUACAAGCACAUAAAUGAGAUUGUCAAGAACUUAUCAUCAACAGCCCAUCUUGUAUGUGUGAGCAAAACUAAACCAAUUGAAGAUCUGAAACAAGUUUUUGAAGCUGGUGGCAGAAUUUUUGGUGAAAACUAUGUUGACGAAAUCAUUACAAAGGGACCACAGUUACCUGAUGCUCAAUUCCACAUGAUUGGCCACCUUCAGUCGAAUAAAGUUGCCAAACUCUGCAAAGUUGAGAAUUUGGUUAUGAUUCAGUCAAUAGAUAGUAAGGAAUUGGCUACUAAAGUCGAUAAGCAAUACGUAAAUAGAAAACCUCUUGAAGUUUUAAUUCAAAUUAAUACAUCUGCAGAACCACAAAAGAGUGGCAUCGCCAAUGGUGCUGAAGCAUCAGAACUCGCUAAAUUCAUCGUAGAAAACUGCCAUAACUUAAAAUUCAGAGGUGUUAUGACAAUUGGCGAAACAGGCGAAGCUUCUAGAGAUUUCGCAUGCCUCGUCGAAGAGAGAAGACGCAUUGCUGGCGAAUUAGGAAUGAAACCAGAAGAUUUAGAACUCAGCAUGGGAAUGAGCGCAGAUUACGAAUUGGCUCUUAAAAUGGGUGCUACUUUUGUACGUGUUGGAUCUUCUAUCUUUGGUCCAAGAAUCUAUCCAAAUAAGAAAUAA